CUCCACAAAGUUGUGUUAAACAUAAGCACCAAGUAAAUAAAGGACCUCUUGCAGACACAAGCAACAGUAGUUGGUUUGUAAAAAGUCUUUUUUUGGAGGUGGUAGUUAGGGAAUAACGCUCCGGAAGUACUUGCCAACAAUGUCAAAAAACUAAACUUUUUUUUUCUCUCCUGCGGAUCAUUUAGUGGAUUUGUAAAAAUGGACAGUCGUAUAUAUUCUAUCGAAUCAUCUCAGAGUGAUAUGGAUAUAGAUUCGGUGGUUAUUACGAAUGAUUUUUCUUUGAACAAAAGCCAGGAUAGCACCGUGUAUAACCAUUGUCAUCGUAUAUCAAUAAGCAAGACUGACACAGCAAAAACCAAGAAAACGCUUAUUAUAGCCAGCUGUCUAUGUCUUUUCUUCAUGAUUAUUGAAAUUAUUGGUGGUUAUUUAGCUGACAGUCUUGCAAUUAUGACAGAUGCUGCACACCUUCUCACAGACUUUGUCAGUUUUCUUAUUAGUUUACUCUCAGUUUACUUGGCAUCACGACCAGCUACAAAGAAAUAUAGUUUUGGAUGGCACCGGGCAGAAAUUCUUGGUGCUCUUGUAUCUGUACUCUUUAUAUGGGUGGUGACAGGCAUUCUGGUUUACCUAGCUAUCUUAAGAGUUAUCAGUGAAGAUUACGAGAUUAAAGCCACUAUCAUGAUAAUCACCUCAGCAGCAGGAAUCUUCAUCAAUUUACUGAUUGCACUGGUUUUACACAAACACUCACAUGGUCACAGUCAUGGGUUAAACCAUCACCAUAAUGAUGAAGAGAAUCGAUUACUUGUUGAAACCAGAAGUUAUGGCUCCAGUAAAGACCUGUCUGUGGAAGAAGACUUAAAUCAGAAAAAACAUAAAAACAUCAAUGUCAAAGCAGCAUUUAUUCAUGUAAUAGGAGACAUUUUACAGAGUGUGGGAGUACUUAUAGCUGCAUACAUUAUAUACUUUAAGCCGGAAUACAAGAUAGCUGAUCCCAUUUGUACAUUCAUAUUCUCAGUGUUUGUGUUUAUUUCAACCAUUACGAUUUUACGUGACAUAAUUAAUGUAUUAAUGGAAGGUGUUCCAAGAAGCCUCAAGUUUUCACAGGUGAAAGAGUUAUUGAAUAAUGUUCCUGGUGUGAAAGCAAUCCAUAAUUUGAGGAUGUGGUGUUUGACAACCAAUAAAAUUGCAUUAUCUGUCCAUUUAGCUGUUGACCAAUAUUCUGAUCCAUUGAAAAUAAUGCGAGAAGCUACCAACAUACUAACAAAUCGAUUUGGUCCAAUGGAAGUAACUAUCCAAGUUGAGGAAUAUGAAGAAAACAUGAACGAAUGUGUCCAAUGUCAAGAUCCAAAAGAUUAGCAAGUUUUUCCACCUCAAAUAUUUCAACUUUCUCCCAAAAACUGCCAUCCUGGGUUGGUGGGGAAGACAUUUAAAGGUGUUGGAUAUAGAUAUAUACCAAUGUAUGCGUAUAUACUGACUGUCUAGUGCAUUUGUGUGUGUGUCUAUGCAUACUUUACAUACAUAUGUUUACAUGUAUAUUAUACACACACACACACACGUGUAUGCACA